UCCAAUCAGAGGAGCGGCCGCCGCAGUAAGCCCCGCCCCCCUCAGAGAAACCGCCAUCAUGAAAUUAAAAUCUAGAAACUGACGCAUGAGACGAAGCAUCCUGCAGCUUUCUGCAGCUUCACAACAACAAGGAUAAAUUGAUACUUGGACAGUCUGAGGCAGUGUAGACAUGAGUGACGUGGCGGAGGAAGCGAUGGACAGCUCUGCGGUGUCAGAGGAAGAAGUGGAGGACCAGCAGGAGACGUCACAGGAAGACCAGUCGAGUCUGAACAAAAGCAGCUCCAAAAUAUCUGGUGAAAUCAUUGAGGGCAAGCGGGCAAAGAAGACGGUCGAGAGGCUCGAUUUUCAGGCACCAAAGCAAAUGGAAAAGCUCAAGAUUGGAGAUGGUAGCGGCGAUAAAUUAGGAGACAUUCCACGCACCGGUCACCAGAUCACCAAGAUGAAGCAAGCUGACCUUAAACCUCUGCACGCCAUUUUGUUCGACAGACCAGGAAAGAUGGCCACAUUAAAGAAGAACUUGCGUCUGUUUAACGGCUUUCCUUUUGACGCGGACAGCGAACAGUACACCAAAAAACGAGAAAAACUUCUCAAGAAUUCAAAUUUUACCAACACCAAACUAAAGGUUGUCUGUGGUGUUUUGGAUUUGGAGAAGAAAGGAACCCACUCAGAUCUGGUCGACAGGAUCUUGACUUUCCUCAUCGCACCGAAAAACAGUGGGAAGCGUCUGUCCGUGAAGAAAAAGAGGAAAUCAAAGAAGAAGCUGUCAGGCGACGACUCAACGGCCAGCUCCAAGAAGAAGAGCAAACCCAAACCCAGGAGCUCGUCGUCCAGUCCCAAGAAAUCCAAAACAGGAAGCAAGUCCAAAGCCAUCGUCAUGGACUCCAGCAGCGACGAGGAUGAAGAUGAGGAAGAUGAGAAGGCGGGGGCUUCAGCUGAGGCUGAGGGAUCAGAUACAGAGGACAAACCGUCAGAGAAAGAGGAGGACCACUCUGACCAGUCAGAGGAGUCUGCAAACGAAGAAGAAGAAGAAGAAGAAGAAAAAGAAGAGGAGGAAGAUGAAGAUGAUGAGUCUCCCAAAUCAAAGUCAGGCAGAGGGAAGACAGCUUCCAAGAAAUCGGCACCAGUGAAAAGACAGAGGACGCCAGCGAAGAAAGCGGGUCCUCCUAAAAAGAGAGCGAAGAAAGAAGUUUCAGAUGAGUCCAAAUCUGAGUCCGAAUCUGACGUCGACAGUGAAGGUGACAAGAAGCCCAAAAAGAAGAAAUCAACUCCAGUCAAACCUGCUGCCAAAACCAAGAAGGCCGACAGUAGCAGCAACAUCAAAAAAAACACAAACACAGCAGAGGACAGUUCAGACGACGACGAGCCGCUCAUCAAGAUGAUCAAGAAAUCGCCGACUAACGAGCAUCUGAAAGAGACGGUGCAGAGUCUGCUGAAGGAGGCCGACCUGGAGGAGAUGACCAUGAAACAGAUCUGCCAGAGGGUGUUUGACACCUACCCAGACCACGACCUGACCAGCAAAAAGGACUACAUCAAACAGACCGUCAAAUCUCUCAUCACAUGAACAGCUGAAGAAGAAUGAAGUUAAACAUCGGUGAAACUUCAGUUGGAAUGACUGAAAAGCUCCUUUUGAUUAGUUUCAUAUCAGUUUGUUUUCAUACAAAACAGUUUUAUACAUGAUUGUGUUUUGUUUCUAUUCAUGUGUGACUUGUGUAUAGAUCUUCAAAUUAACUCAACAGUGGUCGUCAUCAUUGACAAGUAUAAUGUUUUCAGGCAAAGUUAUGUUUCAUGAAAGAAAGAAAGAAAACAUUUAUUUUUUACACUUUCAGUGAUCAAAUCUAAAAUGUUGUAAGUCGAAUGUUAGUCGUCAUGUUUUAGGCAGCAAAAGAAAGUCAGAGAAUUUUCUUUAUUAAAGCCAAAUCAGAUCUUUGCUUUUGACUCACAGGACUUCACAUUUCUAUUUCUGGAUUAAGUUUUGUAAAUAUAUUUCUAAUUAGGUGAAGCUAUAUUUGAUUAACACACGUUAACUCAUUGUUUUGUUAACUCUGGAAACUUUUUUUUCUGGAGUUUUGUUUGUUUCCUUUUGGUUGUUUUGCUCUGUCCAACUUUAAUUUACAAUUUAAAAUCUUCCAUUGAGUUGUGCUGAGUAAUUUACCUAAUGAUGAUUAAAAUUGUAACUUUUUUGAACAAAAU